GGAAUAUUGUUUGUUUGUUGUCGGAACCCGAACGCUGCCAACUCAAAUCGCUCAUACAGCAAUUACUGCACGCUGGACCGAUACUAAAAGAUUCACUCUUGCAUUGCCUGUCCAUUUUCCUUCGCCAGCCGACUCCACCUAGAGAUACAGUGCCAGGGUUGCGUCAUAGCACACGUAGACCCAAUAGGCGACACGGCGGCGAUUCUCUGUGAAAGCGGCCAAACGCGCAUCCUGACACGACACCGACGCUUUUUGACUUUGCUCCCAUCGCUGCCUAAAUCUCCGCGAGACAGAUAUUGUAGAUCUGCGACGUCAAAAUGAUGAGCUGGUGGUCUUCGGGGGCCAAUACCGCCCUGGACGAGCAGAUUGAGAAGGCGACGAGUAGCAGUUUAGAAGAUAUUGCGCUCAACCUCGAGAUAUCCGAUGUUAUUCGAUCCAAGACCGUCCCGCCCAAAGAUGCCAUGCGUUCUCUCAAAAAGCGAAUCGGACAUAAAAACCCCAACACGCAACUAAGCGCUCUCGAGGUCUGUCACCCGGCUAGACUUCUUUUUAUCGGUCUUUGCCCCCGGUCUGUACUUAAUACUGAUAGUGAGGAUCAACAGCUUACGGAUACGUGCGUCAAAAACGGCGGGCAACAUUUUCUGGUCGAGAUCGCCUCACGCGAAUUCAUAGACAAUCUGGUCUCUUUACUCAAGGCUACAGGGCCCGCCGCCGUCAACGCAGACGUACGCACCAGGAUUCUCGGGCUGAUACAGUCCUGGGCAGCUGUCACACAGGGUCGUGUCGAACUUUCGUACAUAGGGGAGGUUUACAAGACUCUACAGCACGAGGGCUUCCAGUUCCCUCCUAAAGUCGCCGUGUCGACCAGUAUGAUUGACAGCAGCGCGCCUCCUGAGUGGACCGACUCCGAUGUUUGCAUGCGUUGCAGAACUCCGUUUACCUUCACAAACCGGAAGCACCAUUGUCGCAAUUGCGGCAGCUGUUUUGAUCAGCAAUGCUCUUCGAAGUCGAUCCCGUUACCACAUCUUGGCAUAAUGCAGCCAGUUAGGGUGGACGAUGGCUGCUAUGCCAAACUAACGGACAAGAGCAGGGGAUCAGGGGGCCCUGGCGCCGGCGCAGGAUUUGAUCGAAAGUCACCUAGCCUGUAUUCUUCAUUCCCCCACAAGAACCGAUCGUCUUCGGCGAUGCAGCCCCGGAGUGCUAGGGUUGACGACGGAUUUGACGAAGACCUGAAGAAAGCCCUAGCAAUGAGUCUGGAAGAGGUCAAGAGCCAUUCCAGAAAUUAUGCGCCCGCAAGCAAUGGUAUUGCCAACGGCGCCCAGUCCAAGGUUAAUGGGGAUUCUUCCGCCACGAAGACUGUGGAGGAGGAAGACGAUGACCUCAAGGCUGCAAUCGCAGCCUCGCUUGCUGACAUGGAGGAACAGAAGAAAAAACAUUCUGCAGUGCUCCACGAACAGACACAUAGUACAGAGGCGGCAUCUGCGUCUACUUUCGUCCCUCCCAAGAACGACUACGAGCUUACACCGGUUGAGGCGGAGAACAUCAACUUGUUUGCGACUUUAGUAGACCGCCUGCAGACGCAACCUCCUGGGACUAUUUUGCGAGAGCCCCAGAUCCAGGAACUUUACGAUAGUAUUGGAACACUUCGGCCAAAGUUGGCUAGGACCUACGGAGAGACUAUGAGCAAACACGAUACCCUUCUUGAUUUGCACGCCAAACUCGCAACAGUAGUGCGCUACUAUGACCGAAUGCUCGAGGAACGGCUCUCAAAGGCAUACGGUCAGCGUAAUUUUGCGGGUUACAACAUGCCUAUAGCUCGCCAGUCAUCCAGUCCCUAUCCAUCGUUACAAGGUCCCAGUGCACCUACGAAUGUCCCCGGAGAGAGCUUCUACACCGGACAGCCCCAGCAUGAUUACGCCGAACCGUCACGGCAACCUUCAUAUCCUCCACCAGCGUCGGGCACUCAACAGCAGUUCCACCAGUACGCACCACCUCAUCAGCCUAGCGAGGGCUGGCAGGCUCCGCACACUCCCGCCCCGGCAGCCCAGUAUCCCGGACAGCCUCCUCAGCAGUCGACAGAGUCGAUUCAUUCUCAUUCCAGCGCGCACAAUCACCAGAACCUUGCGGCGCCAAGCGCACCGGAUCAGUCGAUCCCAACCCCUACGACAGACCCGGCUGCUUCUUACUAUUUUAACCAGCAACAAGUCUCCGCACUCCAAACGCCAGUAUCUGUCCCCGCGGAGCCUGUACAAUCGCCGUAUCCCAACUUGCAGCAACAACAACAACAACAACCUUCCGCACAAUACCAACACUCGUCUGCUCCCCAAGGCCAAGCGCAGCAACAACAAUCACACCAACCGCCUCAGCAGCCCCAACAGCCGUACUGGCAACAUUCAGCAUCCCAGAACACGGCGCUGCCGACGAAUCACCAACCAUGGCCGCAGGUGCCCAACAGACAAAGCGGAUCUUACGUGCAAGAGCCCUUACCUUCUGCACCCCAGCACGCACCGCAAAAACCCGUCGUAGAGGAGGCUCUUAUUGAGUUGUAGGGUGGGCAGGAGGUUACUUUGGAUUUUCGGGCUUGGGAUCGCAUGUGUGAGAAGGUAUUACAGCACAGCCCCGAUUGAAAAUUUUCUGUCGCGGACUUUGAUGUUUCGAUGCUUGUCGUAUACAAUCGCUCGAAAGGUAGAUUUCUUUUAAUUGCAAAGAGAGGUGGUCUCUUCAAAGGAGAAGUUACCUGUUUUCACUUCAUGGGAAAGCUAACGUGUCUGCAUUUGUCGAGCUCAUCUGAUGGCGAUUGAUCAUGUCAUCCCUUGCAUCGUGCAAGAAAAUGUGCCAGGGAUGAUAAAAUUCAAAGGUACGAAUGAAGAUUCACUGGAAUGUGGCCCUCGCUUCAGAAUGGUUGCCAAGGGCUGCUGGCAACG